AUGUCAAAGAAUAAGAAAACAGUCGGCAAUUCGUCAUCCCAUCCCGCGCAAGAGGCAGCCCCACUGGAUGCAACCUCCGCCACGGUCGGAGGACCUGAUCCUAUCAUCAGCCUCCCGGCCAGUGUGCUCCGUGAACAAAUUCGCGGGGAAAUUCGAUCUUCUCUCAACGAAUCUGCUCUGGGAAUGUCCAGAUACAUCACAAAUGUGCUCAAGCCUGCCAUACGAACGGAAUUCGCGCUGCUCCGGGAAGAGGAACUUCGAAAAGGCAAGGCUCCCAUGAUCGGUUCCAAUCCGCCCGAGUCAUGGCCAAAUCCCGUCAUCUCGACUAAUUCUAGGAUAACGUCUCAGGCGCUCAGUUAUGGUCAUAUCACGAUCCUUGGUAAGAACGGGUCUGGGGAACCUCCGGCUACUGUCCGAAGGCUCGGAGAAUCCAGCACAGUGACAGGGCAAACUCUGGCAGGGCCGUCCAAAGCAGGGGGGUUUGGCAUGACUUUCAGGUCAGGAACCGGCAACUCUUGGGGGACAGGGCCAUCUGCAACCCCAGCACCUUCGUUCGCCCUGCCCUCUUCAGGGACAGCCUGGGGAUUAGGAGGUACUACCUCGGCUGCACCCCAUGGCGCUAGGGGGCAGGCCAACACCGCAGAAGGGCCAUUCGCUGCCGGUUUCGGACCUCAGCAAAAUUUUGAAUUUGCUGCCCAAGCAACCCCUGGAUAUUUUCCGGCACAGGAGGCACCAGCAGUUAGGGAAAAUGCGGAAGCCCCUAGAUUUCACCUACCACCACGGGAACCAAUCCUCCAGACUCCUCCGCAGCCGGUGAUCCGGAAUCCGCCACCCAUCCAAGCACCUCCGGAACAGCCUGGGGGCAGGUGGAAGUGA